AUGAAUUACGAAGAAUAUGAGAAAUUCAUUGAGGAACAAGUGGAGAAAGAACGUAGUCGGCAUCUUCCAACUGAACACUCAACCUCUAUUACUACCAAUGUCCAAUCAGAACCCUCAUUCGCACCACUCCUCUAUUUGCCGAUUCCUUUACCAACUCAUCCAACUUACUUCAUGCCUCCGACGUCCAAUUCCUUGCAUGUACCACAGCAAGAAAUGAAGUUUCACCAGUUAUCUCAGCUCCAUCAUCUGCAAUACGGAUCCAGAUCUUCUCUAGCUCCUGUAGACACAUCUUCUCAAAAAUCAGCUGACAACCCGAUUCGUUUGGAAAGAGCCUUAGCUACUCAUCAAGCCCAACCUGCUGUCGGACCACAUGCAAUCGCUAAAAACACUCCAUUAUUCGCCCCUUCUUGUUGUAUAUUAUUAUAA